AUGUUCAUAUCAACAAAGAGCCCUAAAGGAAACAUCUUCCUGGAAGCCUGUAUGGGAGUGGUGCAGAACAAUCGUGUGCGGAGGUUUGCGUUCGAGCUGAAGAUGCAAGAUAAGAGUGGCUAUGUUCUGGCUGCAGACUCUGAGAGCGAGAUGGACGACUGGAUCAACACCCUCAACAAAAUCCUCAAACAGCCAACUUUGAGCGCCGCCAUGCAGGACAAAAGGAACGGAGACUUACACGACGAUGAUGAUCAGGCGAAAAGCGAUCACUCCUCUAGCAGUAUGGACAGUUUUCAGAGUGCCAGAGACAUCGAGAGCAAGAUGAGAAAUGAGACACGGCUAAAACUCUUUACCCUGGACCCAGACUUACAGAAACUGGAUUUCUCCGGGAUCGAGCCUGAUGUGAAGCCCUUUGAGGAAAAGUUCGGGAAGCGAAUCUUGGUGAACUGUAAUGACCUGUCCUUCAACCUGCAGAGCUGUGUGGCGGAAAACGAAAGACGGGUCCAACUCACUAACGUUACUUUACUCUUAAACGAAGAGGGUCCAACCACUAACACGUUUGUUAUGUGGCUGCUGCCUCCGUCAGGAGCUCAGAACAGCACCGCAGCGCCAGACAGUCCACAAGCAGCACAUCCGACAGCCAGCAGCCUCACAGACAGCGCCAUUCAGUUUCCACGACAGGGCGUGUUUUCGGUGACCUGUCCGCACCCUGACGUCUUCUUGGUCGCUCGGAUAGAGAAGGUCUUACAGGGUGGAAUAGCACAUUGCGCCGAGCCUUAUAUGAAGAACUCAGACUCUGCUAAGGCUGCUCAGAAGGUUUUAAAGAGCGCUAAGAUGGCCUGCAGCCGGCUGGGUCAGUACCGAAUGCCAUUUGCGUGGGCCGCUAGGCCGCUGUUUAAGGACGCCUCCGGGACAGUGGACAAGAGCGCUCGAUUCUCGGCUCUCUAUCGACAGGACGGCAACAAGCUCUCCAACGAGGACGUGUUCAGACUGCUGGCAGACUUCAGGAAGCCAGAAAAGAUGGCCAAGUUGCCUGUGAUUCUGGGUAAUUUGGAUGUGACGGUUGAUAACGUCGCACCAGAUCUGACUAAUUGUGUCACGGCCUCCUAUCUUCCUCUUCAUCAGACAGAAGUUGUGGACCGGAGCAGGGUGGUGUUUGAGGUGGAGGAAUUUGUGCCGUCUAUCGCUAAAUACUCCCAGCCUUUCACAAUUUACAACAACCACCUGUACGUGUAUCCACGCCAUCUCAAAUACGACAGCCAGAAGAGCUUCACCAAGGCCAGAAACAUCGCUCUGUGUCUGGAAUUCAGAGAUUCGGAUGAAGAGGACGCUGUCCCUCUGAAGUGUAUAUACGGGCGUCCAGGAGGCCCUCUGUUCUGUAAGAAAGCGUUUGCUGCGGUCUUACACCACCAGCAGAACCCAGAGUUUUAUGAAGAGUUUAAGAUAGAGCUGCCGGCUCAGCUGACGGACAGACAUCAUCUUCUGUUCACUCUCUAUCACAUCAGCUGUGACAGCAACAGCAAAGCCAGCACUAAGAGACGAGAACAGGUGGAGACACAAGUGGGUUAUGCGUGGCUCCCCUUGUUGAAGGAUGGCAGAGUCAUUAUGAAUGAACAGCAGGUGGCAGUGGCUGCAAACCUGCCAUCAGGUUACCUGAGUUACCAGGACAACAGCAGCAAGCAGCACACUGGUCAAGAGGUGAAGUGGGUGGAUGGUGGGAGGCCGCUGCUCAAAGUCUCCACACAGCUGGUGUCCACUGUAUACACACAGGAUCAACAUCUGCAUAACUUCUUUCAUCACUGCCAGAGUAUUGCAUCCACAGGCCUGUCAGAAGGAGAACUGAUCAAAUACCUGAAGAGUCUGCAUGCCAUGGAGGCUCAUGUGAUGGUGAAGUUCCUCCCAACCAUACUGAACCAGCUGUUUCGCGUGCUCACCAUCUCCAGUCAGGAUGAUGUUGCUGUGAACGUCUCCAGGGUGAUGAUUCACGUCGUGGCUCAGUGUCAUGAAGAGGGUCUGGAGCAUCACUUGCGUUCUUAUGUAAAGUAUGUUUUGAAGGCGGAGACAAACUUAACCAAUGGUAAAACUGUCCACGAGGAACUGGCAAAAGCCAUGACCACCAUCCUGAAACCCUCCACUGACUUCCUCACCAGCAACAAACUGCUGAAGUACUCCUGGUAUUUCUUUGAGGUUUUAGUCAAGUCUAUGGCUCAGUACCUGAUUGAGACCGGCAAGGCCAAGAUGUCUAGGAGCCAGCGUUUCUCAGCUUCAUUCUAUCACUCUGUGGAGACCUUGGUGACCAUGCUGAUGCCUCAUAUCACACAGAAAUACAAGGACAACCUGGACGCAACACGAAACGCCAAUCACAGCCUUGCUGUCUUCAUCAAGCACUGUUUCACCUUCAUGGACAGAGGGUUCAUCUUCAAACAGAUCAACAACUACAUCAACUGCUUCAUGCCCGGAGACACGAAAACGCUGUAUGAGUUUAAGUUUGAGUUUCUGAAGGUGGUCUGUAAUCAUGAGCACUACGUUCCUCUCAAUCUGCCCAUGCCAUUCGGGAAGGGCCGAAUCCAGCGCUUUCAAGAUCUUCAGCUGGACUACUCUUUAACUGAUGAAUUCUGUAAGAAUCACUUCCUGGUGGGGCUGUUGCUGAGGGAAGUGGGCGGAGGCCUGCAGGAGUUCAGAGACAUCCGUCAGAUCGCUGUACAGGUGCUGAAGAACCUGAUGAUCAAACACGCCUUUGACGAUCGCUACUCCUCCAAGGGUCAGCAGGCUCGCCUGGCUACGCUGUACCUGCCUCUGUUCAGUCUGCUGCUGGAAAACGUCCACAGGCUCAACAUCAAAGAGGCGUCUCCUGUCACCAACCAGAUUAACGUUAAUGGCCGUGAUGAUCAUGUAAUGAUGACACCUACAAAAAAUGUGGCCAGUCCAGUGGACAGCAGCCUGCAGAAAGAGGUGUUUGGAGUGAUUUCAGGAACAGUCUCUCCUCACACUCCGACCGUGAGCUCCGUACGGCACACUGACUCACGCGCCUCUCUUAUCAGCACGGACUCUGGGAACGGCCUAUCAGAGCGCAGCAUUGACAAGCCACUCCCCCUAGACAAGCGGGAGAGUUUCACUCGCCGUCACUCUGCCAGCAUGCUACGUUUCUUUACUGACUCAGAGGAGACGUCUCUCUCUGCACGUCUCAAACGCCAGACCAUGGACUUCUCUCUGCUGUCUACACCAACUGAGCAACACACGCACCCUACACAAUGUCAUAUCGCUGGGGUUCUGGGCAGCUCUUUGCUCCGCUGUGACCAAAAUGGACCAAUCUGAAGUGAAGAACAUAUUAAUGUGCUUCCUGCAUAUGUUA